GUCUGUGGAAGGUACCAGAAACAGAGAAAACGCUGCGGCAACGGGAGCGAAAACAUAUCCUGCUGAUAACACGGAUAUCGCCAGAGAGUCGUUCGUUGAAACUAUCAGUGUCCUGUUUGGUGCCAGUUGUGCUUCUGCCUAAGUCUCUGCCCAACGGUCCGACGUCUUCCUCGCUUGAAUCUUUGAGUAUUUACAUCAAGCAUGGCUGGAAUGAAGAGGCCUGUUCUCAGCCAGCCCUGGGAGGAGGAUGAGUGCCUGGAAUAUUACGGCAUGCUUUCCCUGCAUCGUAUGUUCGAUGUCAUCGGCUCCCAGCUUACCGACAGUGACAUCGAGGCUCUGUCUUUCUUACUGCAUGAAUCCUACCCGUACGCCCACCCUCUAGACCCCCAAUCCUGGGCUGUGGAAGACGAGAGCGGUACCGUACCGGAUAGCUCCUUGGUGGCUGCCUGGCAGAGGUGGCAUCGCAGGGCUGGUCCCCUUGAUGAAAACAGCAACUUGGAGUCUUCUGAGCUCCUUCGGCCAAAGAACGGCACGGAGCUGCUCCUGGAGCUGGAGAGACGAGGCAAGUGUGACGAGAGCAACUUCACGCACCUUCUGCAGCUCUUACGAGUCCUGACUCGCCAUGACCUAAUGCCAUAUGUCACUAUGAAAAGACCCCGUACAGUGUCUCCGGAGAGGUAUACGUAUGGGCCAUCUGUGCUAGACUCUGACAAACAGAUGGAUGGGUGUUUGAACCAAACAACUUCAGAGAGCAGAGAAGAUAACUGGGAAACAGGUUCUAAUUCCACCAAAAGGAAGCGAGGAGCAACCGGAAGAAGGGGCCGCUGCCCCAAACCUAAGAAGAAUAAGGUUGACAGCAGUGCUUCUCCCCCUCCUGCCCAGACCACCCAGAACAAAGUUACAUGCGGGAUUCGGCUGCGGGUGCGAGCGGAGUACUGCCAACACGACUCCAUUCUGAACCAGAACGUCUUGUCCAUAAAACAGAACCCGCUGGAGCGACGCUUUGAUCUUUUCAGCCAGUCCAACACCGUCCUGAAGUCUCGGGAUCUUGGGUCAAUCAUCUGUGACAUCAAGUUCUCGGAGCUGUCCUACUUGGAUGCCUUCUGGACGGACUACAUGAACGGAUCCCUUCUGGAGGCCCUUAAGGGAGUGUUCAUAACGGACUCUCUGAAGCAGGCCGUGGGUCAGGAGAGGAUCCAACUUCUUGUCAACGUCGACGAAGACGAUUAUGAAGAAGGCCGCAGGCUGCUGCUGGAAAGCGUUCCUCAGUCGUCUGAUUGAUAUGCAGCGACCUGACUCUCCUUGGACUCUGCCGUUCGUUGCAGAGACUUUACUGUGCCUGCUGGUCAUCGGGAUUUACAGAUUCUUUAUAUUAAACUGUUUCCACAGGG